GGCAGAGCAGAGUAGGAGCGGCUAUGGAGGAAUGCGCAGGCAUCGAGCUCCACCGAUCUGCGUCGCCCUGAGGCCGGGCUGGUUUUCUGCCUCCGGUGGGCCUGCUUCCUCCUGGUUCCCCUUCUCGUUCUCGUUCGGCUGUGCUUUACACGGCUGGGAAUGGCGCGGGGAGGCCUCUGGUAGCCGCAUUUUCAUGGGAGCAGGUUUCGGAGACUUUGGGAGCUGAGAAAGUGUUCUGCCGGUGCCUACUGUUCAUGAUUCGAGAGACGAGGGUGCUGCAGCUUUUGUGCAGGAGGAAAUUGUCAUGGUGUCAUGAGCUCAUCCUCGUCAUUAGAAUAUGUGACCAGAUUACAAAAUGCUGAGCGCAUCGCUCCUAACCUACUCCCCAUCAAAGCAAGUGUAAUAGCGAGGAAUAUCAGGCAUGAGAAUUAAACAUUCAUGUCAAAAAACACUGGAUUUUUGCUCACUGCCUCCGCAUACACGUAGUUCCCGGUACAAAAUGUUAGUGAUUAAGCGCAAUCAAAAGGUUUCUUUCUCAUUGCAGAAUUUAGAGAGUUGAGGUAAGCGCACGAGGCCGAUAGAAGCACACUUGGAGAAGUAGGGUAUCAUUUAAGAAGAAUGCCGUCUAACUGAAUGAUUAAUGCAGUUAUACAACGGCUGUUUGUCUGGUCAACAUGUUCAUCGACUUGCAUUAGGCGUUCUUAGUGAAGCUCUUCGCAGAUCGUUAUUAAUCCAAGGACAUACCAUUUAGCCACUUACUCUGAACUAGGUACUUAGUCGGCACCUUCACAGUCUGAAACGUAUUAAAAUCUCGAAGAGCACAUUGUAGCUGACUACCUUGGAUCAUCUCAUAUGAGCCUUAUGCUGGUGUUGGCUGAAUAGUUGGUUUUAUUAUCGGCAUUUAUUAAGUUUCUAGCUAUAGUCAAGUUAGUAGUGGUGAAGAUAUCUCAUAAAAGUAGCCUAGUACUGUAAGAAACGCAUGGGGACAUACAGGCCCAACAUAGAAGUAUAAUUCAUUUAGAGAAUGUAAGCUUCACGAAUAUGAGAGGGAAAGAAAACUUGAUUACAAGGACUAAGUGGAUCUUAAAUUUGGAGCAGUUUUGAACUACGUCCGAGCAAUCAAGUAGCAGGGGAUGGGUGAGAUUGCCUUGAGUGGGCAGCGGUUUAAGCGUAUCCCACAUCCUAACUCUGGGCAGUCGGCAGACGUUGAGCUCUUGUUGGAUGACAAUGUGGAGCCAUGGCCACAUUUAAAAGAGGUGCUUCAAAGCUACACUUCAGAUUGGGUGAAGGAUGAAAGCAAAUACGGACAUUAUGAAAGUGUUCCACUUCCUGUAUUUGAAAACCAGAUUUUUGAAGGACCUGACACAGAUGUAGAGACAGAGCUACGCCUUUCCAACAUAAGGCUUGGGAGGCAUGGAGACACUACAGAUGAUGAAGAUCCAACGACGUCUGGAAGAUAUUCCGGAGGGUUGUUUUCAGGUCGAUUUUCUGGGAGGUCAACAGGAAGUGAUGCUCCAGAUUCAAUCGUCACCAAAGCACCGAAGCAUUAUGGUGGGGCUCCGCUACCUUCAUACGAGCCAGUUUUUAGUUGGCGGGCAGCGAGGGCAUCCGUAUGUGGUCAAAGAAUACCAGAGAUUCCAACGGCAUUUUCAUCGAGUGACGGGCUGAGGAUUUCCGUGAAGGUCGUAUCUCUCAAUAUUCAAGCCGGUCUUGUUGAGCCGUGGUAUGGUACAAUAUGUGUCUAUCAUCGGGAGAAGCGAGAAAAGCUUUCAGAGGAUUUUCACUUUCGAUGUUUACCAGCUGAGUUUCAAGAUGAAGGUAGUGGAUCUCAAAGGAAAGCUAUUUUCUCUCUGGCAGCACCAUCACCAGCAAUCUGCUUAUUAGUGCAGCUUGAGAAGCAUGUCACAGAAGAGGGGGGUGUUACUCCUUCUGUCUACACACGUAAAGAACCUGUACAUUUGACAGAACAUGAGAAACAAAAACUGCAAGUAUGGGCAAGAGUAAUGCCGUUUCGUGAACCAUUCGCUUGGUCGAUGAUUGCGCUGUUUGACGCGAAUGUUACUGGGGGUGUGGGAGGCUUCUCGUCAUCUCCAACAAGCAGCCCGUUGCCUUCAGGCAUUUUGGGGUCUGCUCUCAUGGAGGCAUCACUGGAUUUAGAUGGCAGGCUGAUUGCUGACUCAAAGGCCGACUCUGCCAGUGUUCCAGUUCUGGUUGAUGUGUCGAGCCUUCAUCGUGUGAAAGAGAAUUAUACAGAGGAUAUGCUUCUGAUUGAACAACCUGGCGGCCAAUCAAGCGUGCUUUCUUUCCAAGAUCCAAAGCGUAAAGUGCACAAGCCAGUGAAGGCAAUUUUGCGUCUUGAGAUUGAGAGGCUGGGCAGUGAUGAUCAUGAGGCGGAUUGCAUCUCCGAGUGCGGCAGUUUCAGUAAUGGCUCCUUUGAUGCUGAUUCUCGUUCUAUAGGAGCAUCAUUAUCAGGGCGUUCUUCUCAAGGGCUUGAAUUCACGAAGGCGCUAUAUAAUGGAUAUCAGAAAAAUAGUCCUGUACAUCGUGACUUACUUUCAGGCAGUGGAAGUAGUCUUGAUCUGGGGCGAUCAGAGUUUCGUGCUGUUGAAUAUCGACUGGGUCCGAAACCUGAGCCAUUGUCACAGCUGUUGCACUGCCUCUAUGUUUAUCCACAAUCUGUCACACUUAACCGAAAGCGAAACCUUUUCAUUCGGCUGGAGCUCAGGGUGGAUGAUAGCGAUAUUCGAAAGCCACCCCUUGAGGCUCUUUAUCCCAGGGAUGCUGAUAGCUCUAUGCAGAAGUAUGCCCACUCUCAGAUUGAUUCUAAUACGAAAACGCCUCACUUUCAUGACGAGUUCAAAGUUCAACUUCCUGCCAAUCUGUCUCCGGACCAUCACCUCCUGUUCACAUUCUUUCAUGUGGAUCUUCAGAUGAAACUUGAAGCACCAAAGCCAGUGGUUGUAGGAUACGCAGUUCUGCCGCUCUUAUUCGCCUCUCAGGUUAUCCGGUUGGAUGGUACCCUGCCUAUUGCAAAGGAACUGUACCCUAAUUACCUAAAAGACAAUGUGAAGGAUCGAUUGGAAUAUCUUGAUGAUGGUAGAACGGUAUUUAAAUUAAGGUCCCGUUUGUGCUCAUCGCUGUAUCCUGUUAAUGAGAGGAUUCGGGACUUUUUCUCCGAGUAUAAUCGUCACGUUUUGCGGACCAGUCCAUGGGGAAACGAACUUAUGGAGGCAAUCAAUGCUUUAAAGAACGUUGAAGCAUCUGCUAUGCUUCAGUUUCUUCAACCAUGCCUGAAUAUGCUACUUCGCAUGAUUGGUGAUGGUGGAGAAACGCUGCAGGUUGCUGCGUUCCGAUCAAUGGUCAAUAUCAUUACCAGGGUACAAGGCGAAACAUCAGAUGGAGCUGAGCGGAAUCGAUAUCUUGUUCAAUAUGUGGACUACGCAUUUGAUGAUUUUGGUGGGCGCCAUGAUCCGGUGUAUUCUGGUCUCUGCAGCGUUUGGCGUAGUCUUGCUCGCAGCAAGGCCAAAGGCUACAGAGUUGGACCUGUGUACGACGAUGUGUUGUCCAUGGCUUGGUUCUUCCUUGAGUUGAUUGUGAAGUCAAUGACACUCGAGCAGUCUCGUACGUAUAGUGAAGCCCUUCCUCCAGGUGAAGAGUUGCCACCAUUACAGCUCAAUGAUGAGGUCUUUAAAAGCAUUGGGCAGCUGUAUGAUUGUUUGCUGACGGAGGUUCAAGACAGAGGAAAGAAGGGCUUGGUUCUCGCCAAGAAACUUAACAGCAGUUUGGGCUUCUUCUGCUACGAUCUUCUCUCUGUUAUUGAACCGCGCCAAGUCUUUGAGUUAGUCGCGCUCUACUUCAAUAAAUUUGCUGGGGUUUGUCAAUCAGUAAUUCAUGAAUACAAACUUAAUUUUCUCCAUAUCAUCUGUGAUCACGACUUGUUCGUUGAAAUGCCUGGCAGAGAUCCUACGGAGAGGAAUUAUUUGGCAUCAACGUUGAUGCAGGAGCUAUUCAUCACUUGGGAUCAUGAGGAUUCAGCCUUAAAGGCAAAGGCAUGUCGAAUACUUGUACAACUCCUUUGCAAGCAUGAAUACGACUCACGAUACCAAACACUUGAUGACAAAUUGUACAUCUCACAGCGUUACUUCCCUUUAGUUGGAUUGAUCUUGGAUGAGAUGCCAGUAUUUUAUGGGUUGAGCUCAACAGAAAAGCGUGAAAUCCUGGUGUGUGUGCUCCACAUUUUACGCUACCUGGAUGAUGCUUCUCUUAUAAAGGCUUGGCAACAAAAUGUUUCUCGAACAAGGCUGUUUUUCAAGCUUCUUGAAGAAUGUCAAGAGCUGUUUGAGUACAAAAAAGCAGGAGCGGACGGCUUGAUGGGUGCAAUGCCUACCAAUGAACAAGGCGAAGGGCCUCUUCGGUAUUCUGAGAAGCUUUCUCCUGCAGUUAACCAUUAUCUAGCUGAAUCUUCUCGACAAGAUAUUAGGGUUACAAAGAGUUCUCCCGGAGCUCAGUGGAUAGUUCCACAGGCGAGUCCAGACGCCAGCAUAUUCUGGAAGAGAGUAAGCCCAAUUUCAAACAGCUCAAGCAGCCCAAGUCAGCCUCACUCUUUGCGCGAAGCUUUGGCGCAAGCUCAGACAGCAGGAAGAGGAGCAGGGGUGACUCUUAAAGAAAGCUUACAUCCUAAGCUGCGGCAGAAACUGGAUGUGUGGGAAGAGAGUCUCAGCGCUUCGGUUAUGCUGCAACUUCUGGAAGUCGUUGAAAAAUUUAUGGAGGCCACGACAAGCGAAGUUGUCGCUACAGAUUAUAUCCGACUUGAUUGUAUCACAAGCAUCAUCACUGGAUUUUUAGGACGCAGUCAACCCUUGCCCUUCUGGAAAGCUUUCUUUCCUGUGUUAAACAAUUUGUUUAGUCAACAUGGGGCUGUUCUGAUGAGCCGGGAUAAUGAUAGGUUUUUGAAACAAGUUGCUUUUCAUCUUCUGCGACUCGGAGUUUUUCGUAAUGAGAGUAUUCGGAAAAGAGCCGUUGUUGGUCUUCAAAUUCUUGUUCGAACUGCCUUCCAAUAUUUCCAAGGGCUGUCUCGUCUACGUGUGCUGUUAACAAUCACGCUAUCAGAACUUAUGUCUGAUGUUCAAGUGACUCAACAUCGAAUGGAUGGAUCCUUAGAGGAAAGUGGUGAAUCUCAGCGCCUUCGCAGAUCGCUGCGACAGAUUUCUCAGGAAAACAUCAGUUUAGAUCUUCUUCGUGAAUGUGGACUUCCCGAAGAUGCACUGUCGGGAAAACCAGAUGGAGGUUGUGAGCAGAACUGGAGCUGGGCUGGAGUUGCUGAACUGUCCAGCACUCUGCUUAAAGCUGUUGAGGCUGCAGUGGCACAUGCUCUACUGGGGCCGGAAGUCAUGUCAGCUGAUAAGUAUGCAACUGCUGAGGCAUACUACGGUUUGGCGAGGGCAUACUCCCAUGUACCUGACCUACACAUCAUGUGGCUUUUAUAUCUUUGUGAAGUUCAUCAAGGAAACCAGUCUUAUGCAGAAGCCGCUCAAUGCGCAGUUGCUGUUGCAGGCGUCAUUAUGCAGGCCAUUGUAGGUAAAGGAGAUCCCAUGUGGGGCAAGGAACAUGUGGAGGCUCUGCGAAAAAUAUGCCCUGUGCUCACUGGUGCUAGCUUUGGAGAAGCUGCUAGUGCUGAAAUAGAGGGCUAUGGUUCAUCAAAGCUCACUGUGGAAUCAGCUGUGAAGUAUCUUCAGCUUGCCAACAAGCUUUUUGUUCAGGGAGAGCUUUAUCAUUUCUGUGCGGGCAUUUUGGAGCUUAUUAUCCCAGUUCAUAAAGCAAGGCGUGCCUACGGACAACUCUCAAAAUGUCACACUUCUCUGACAAGCAUUUAUGAAGCCAUAGUAGAGCAGGAGUCUAGUCCGAUCCCCUUCUCAGAUGCAACUUAUUAUCGUGUGGGAUUUUAUGGCAAAAGCUUCGGGAGUCUGAAUGGCAAGGAGUAUGUUUACAGAGAGGCAAGAGAUGUGCGAUUAGGGGAUAUCAUGAGGAAUUUGGGAAAUAUUUAUGAGCCCAGGGUUAUCGAGGGGAAACAGUCUUUGCAUAUCAUUCCUGAUUCUCGACAAGUUAAACUUGAGGACCUUCAAGCGGAGAUCUGCUACAUGCAAAUCACAUCUGUUGAGCCUAUUACUGAGGAUGAGGACAUGGAGAGUAGUCGAGAUAGACAAUCCAAUAAGUCAACAGCGACGGUUAGUGCCCGAGUGUUCAAUCGAUUUUUGUAUGAUACUCCUUUCACAAAAAACGGCAAGUCACAAGGAGGUCUAGAGGAUCAAUGGAAAAGACGUACUAUGCUAUGGACAGAAGGACCUUUUCCUGCUCUUGUGAAUCGUCUAACGGUUGUAAAGUCGGAGUCUCGUGAAUUUUCGCCUAUUGAAAAUGCUAUAGGCAUGAUCGAAACUCGAACAUCCGCAUUAGCAGGGGAACUUGAUGACAACCGAUUGAAUGAAGGAGACCAUCCGUCCCGGUUGCAAAGCCUUCAAAGAAUAUUGCAAGGGAGUGUUGCAGUUCAGGUAAACAGUGGUGUGCUUGGAAUAUGUGCUGCUUUCUUGUCUGGAGAACCUGCAACAAGGCUAAACCCGCAGGAACUACAGCAACUUAUAGCAGCACUCUUGGAGUUUAUGGCUGUGUGCAAGAAGUCGAUACGAAUUCAUGCACGACUUAUAGGAGAAGAAGAUCAAGAGUUCCAUUCGCAACUUGUGAUUGGAUUCCAAUCACUCACAGCUGAGCUGUCGCACUUCAUACCUGCUAUUUUAUCAGAGUUGUAACCUGUAGAACAUGAUCUUUGUACGCUCCUUGUGGUUGCGUACUUUUCAAUCCUCGUGACUAGGUGGAUAGAUUAGGGAGGUGGGCUAUUAGUAUUGUAUUUCCAACUCAUUAGGAUGCCUGAGAAGGUGAUGCCGUCACCCUCUGCAAUGCUUCAUUUUGGAGAUGGUCUGUACUAGUUCACAUUUUGGAGAAUUGGUGAAGUCGCAUAUAGGAGAUAUUCUAGCCCUUCAUCCUACUAAGGUACAGCCGUGUAAGAUUAUUCUUGUGCCUGUGAAUCUGAGUCGCAAUAUAUCAGAGGCAGUAUUUAUUGCCUUGCCGAUUUUUUGACA